AUGUCACUGUUUGGUCAAGUGGCUGGUUCUCCUCCCACCAAAGUUCGUCAUGGGGCAAAGGCUCUGCCACCAGCGUGUCCAGAGCGACGACCGACCGAUUCGAGACGUGAGGCAGCCGGCCGACUUGGGCGACCCGCAAUUAGUGCGCUGCAAGAGCAUCAAUGGACAGUGGCCCACUGGAAAGUCCAACGACUCACUGUGCAUCCCGACAAUAUAGCUAGUUGUGCAAAAGAACGCGUUCCGCAUCGAGACAAAACUCCGACUGGCCAUGUGAGGCUAGAACACUCCAACGGAACAAGCAGCAUGAACCAGGGGCAAGAGUGCUCCCGUGUUCACGGAGAGAUGGACACGAACCAGCAAUACGACGCCAAGGACCGCACACACGCGCGCGCGCCCCCCAACGAUUGUGUCGGAGGGAGGACAGCAGGUGACAGCCAGGACUUGUCGCGGCCUUUGGACGAAUCCGAAUGCUUUCCGCAACGAGGAACAACACGAACUGUCGCGAGAAUAGCGCUCGCAAGGUUUACACCAAAACCUCAAAUGAAAAAAUCGCAGAAGCCGGCGUCAUCAUGGGGACCGUCGCUUGAUCGUCGCGUCGCUGGCUGGCUUGGAAUGGGAAAACAACUAGUUUUUGGCGGAGAGCGCCGCGAGCAGCAUAACAGCGUGGAAAGGCCGAGAUAA